AGUGAAGUUAAAGAUUCGGGUGACACCUGGACAGUGACCAGCACAUAUAAGUCUGAUGGAGGCAAUGUGACGUGCCUUGUGUCUCAUCCCACAUUUCAGAAUCUCUGGAGCCAGUCUAUUAUAUCAGAAGGUAAAACUGUAAGUUGGAUGUUGAUCGGGAUCCUUGUAGGCAUUGCCAUCCUUCUCAUCUCUGCCUUGUGUAUCGUCUACUGGAACCAAAAAAAAAUCAGAUCGUGCUCCAAAAAGUCACUUAGCACUUCUCCCCCGCAACAAGUGGACUAUUUUGCAGAG